UACACCGUGUGACUGACGCGAUCAACAAUUCAAUGUUUACCACUAAAGUGAAGUUCCCUAUGACGCAACUGGAGUGCCAAGCGGCAAAGGAAAUUUUUGCGUCUGCACCUUCACCAUUUGUAGCAGGAACUAUCGGCGCAAUCGACUGCACUCAUGUCUCUAUUUUGGCUCCCAAAAAUAAGGAAUCAAAUUAUGUCAAUCACCAUGGGUACCAUUCGAUCAACGUGCAAAUGAUAUGUGACACAAAUCUUAAAAUUUUAAACGUAAAUGCAAAAUUUCCGGGAGCACGGCAUGAUUCAUUUAUUUGGAGCUUCUCUGCAGCGCGUCGGGUCAUGCAGCGGUCGUUUGAAAAUGGAAAUCACAACACAUUUUUGAUUGGCGAUUCUGGAUAUCAGUUGGAGCCAUGGAUGAUGACACCUGUACCUAACGAGCCAGAAGGAACGCCAAAGUUUCUGUACAACGAGGCACUAUGUAAAGCGCGUAACCCGAUCGAGAGACUCUUUGGCGUCCUUAAAGGUACAUGGCGGUGCUUAUCACAGCAAAGAGUUCUUUUGUAUGACCCCGGUUUUGCUGGCCGAGUAGUCAACGCGUGCGCAACAUUACAUAAUCUUCGUUUGAGCGAUCAAACAACCGAUUUCGAUGAUAGGGUUGUUUAUGAUCCCGAAACACUAAGCACUGAUAACAAUUCCGAAGCACCUUCUUCAAUAGGAAAACUACUUUCCACAAUCAAUGGCAACGAUAAAACUGCAGCUGUGGGGCAACCGCCGUUCUUUAUGGUUGUUUUGGAUAGUUUAACUAUGCACAGUAAAAUGUUGCUAAUCCACAG